AGGCUAGAAAGCACCGAACCUCGUGUAUCCACCCUCCAGUCAAUCAAACAGGUUGGCGUUUGGUGGUUGUGCUCACUGAGAUGUUGCAUUUGGAUGUUAAGUAUCUGUUGCAUAAAUCGGUUGAGAAAACAUUCAUUAUAUAAACCCAAAUCUUGUUUCAAGCCUACUCAAAUCUUGAUUCAGUAUUCUACAUCCUUUAAAAAACAAAGGAGAAUCAAAAUUUCAUCUUGAAGUAGACACAAAUUAAUAUGGCUGCAGCUGUGGCAAGCAGAGUUGAAAGCCUAGCUAGCAGUGGGAUUCAACUGAUACCCAAAGAGUAUGUGAGGCCUCAAGAAGAGCUGACCUCCAUGGGAAAUGUGUUUGAGGAAGAGAAAAACCUCCAAGGGCCUCAAGUUCCAACGAUUGACCUGAGUCAGAUCGAAGCAGAGGACACAGAAGUUCGCGAUAAAUGCCGGGAUGAGCUGAAGAAUGCUGCAAUGCAGUGGGGAGUUAUGCACCUUGUCAACCAUGGAAUUCCGGUUGAGCUCAUUGAUCGCGUCAAGGAAGCCGGACAAAAAUUCUUUGAUCUCCCUGUUGAAGAAAAGGAGAAGUAUGCUAAUGAUCAGGCCUCAGGGAAUAUUCAGGGAUAUGGUAGCAAACUAGCCAACACUGCCAGUGGUAGCCUUGAAUGGGAGGACUACUUUUUCCACACCAUUUUCCCUGAGGACAAAAGGGAUAUGUCCAUUUGGCCUAAAACUCCAGCUGACUACAUUCCUGCUGUGAUGGAAUACGCGAAGCGAUUGAGGAUCCUGGUGAGCAAGAUACUAUCAGUGCUCUCUCUUGGGUUGGGACUAGAAGAAGGGAGGCUGGAAAAGGAAGUUGGAGGCAUGGAAGAACUGAUUCUUCAGAAGAAGAUCAAUUACUAUCCCAAAUGUCCUCAACCCGAACUAGCAUUAGGCGUCGAAGCUCACACUGAUGUAAGUGCACUGACUUUCAUACUUCAUAACAUGGUGCCUGGCCUGCAAUUGUUCUAUGAAGGCAAGUGGAUUACUGCUAAAUGUGUUCCUGAUUCCAUAAUCAUGCACAUUGGAGACACUAUUGAGAUUCUUAGCAAUGGUAAGUACAAAAGCAUUUUGCACAGAGGCCUUGUGAACAAGGAGAAAGUGCGAAUUUCUUGGGCUGUUUUCUGUGAGCCACCAAAGGAAAAGAUCAUCCUCAAGCCACUGCCGGAAACUGUGUCAGAGACCCGCCCUCCUCGCUAUCCUCCUCGCACUUUCGCUCAGCAUAUUCAGCACAAACUGUUCGGGAAGAAGGAAGAAUCUCCUGAAGACUCUAAACUUCAGGAAGUUGACGAAUCAUCCAGUGAUACUACUAAAUCCUCUUCAUAAGCUUUUCAUCUCAUUUAGACUAAGAUGCUUGAUUAUUUUUGUUAUCUUUUCGAGUUGGUAAGUCUGUUGUGUGUUCAUGAUUCAAUGAAGUUAGGCCUGUCAACUCCAAAGCUUAUGUUACCAGCAAUGUUCAAUAAAAACCUUCACUAUUUUUAGUUUUCCAUUCUUUGUUACAUUACAAAGGUAUCCAAAAGAUUGAUGAAAAAAAUUACUCUAAGAUUACAAACACAAACACCUCUUUCGUUUUUUUCUUUAAUCAAAAGAUUCAAAGGACAAGAAGUUCACAGGAUGAGAUUUUUCACACUAUCCAGAACAAGUGCUUUCUAUGCUUUUGACUUCCAAGUUACAACUCAAUUAUUCCGGCAAAUACAGUACAAAUAUACCCUGCAUAGAUGAGCUCAACCUCAGGAAUCAUGAAGGGUCUAAUUUCAAAAUGCACUAAAUCCUCAAGAAAAUUGAUCAUAGUUCAGAAACCAAGUCUUCCAGUCUCUUCUGCAGGUUAAUUUGAUCAGGGCUCUUCCCAGCAUCAAUCUGAGAUUACCAAUAUGCCAUAUGAACUAACUGAUUUGCACGUUCAUUGAAAAUGAAAGAGAAAACUAACCAAUAUCUACAAGAAGCAAUGAAUUAACUGACAUUUACCUCACAUUCAAUUGCAUGAAUCU